CGGAGAGACAAAACAUGUGGACCCAUCCAGUGAACAUUUCUAUGGCAACGUGGGAGCUUCAUUGAGAAGGAUCAUGGGAAGUGAUUCUGGAGUUGUUGAAGCAGAGGGAAAUUCGAAAUAAUGUAAUAUUACUCUGUAAAAACAAUGAAUUGUCGGCCAAACUGUUGCAUUAGUUUGAUGAAAACAGGAUGGAGCUGCAGUUGGAGGUUGUGUUAUCGUCUUGCAUUAAACGGAAGAAACCAUGGCCGCGGUUCUGUUGGCUGGGUUUGGAGAAGGAGUCGGUUUUCUUACUGGAUGACAGGCGGAUAAGCGAGAUCAACAUGAUCUCUGGUCGCACUAGGAAGAAGACGCCCAAACUUCACCCCUUACUCCCCAGGGUGGUAACCAUGGCUGCAUCUCAGAGUGGCAUGUGGCUUGCAGGGCUGCUAGAGUCAGGAGAGAUGUUUCUAUGGAGCAGGGACAAAGAUUCCUUGAAGACGGUUUCAGCUGUCCCCGAAGUAUCUCAGAUGGUUUCCGCUGCUCAAGGGUCACGCAUCCGCCUGUCCCUCCUGGUGUCUGGCGAUGGGAUGCGUGUUCUCCUGGUGAGCCCAGCCGGACAGGUGUUCCUCUGGGAGUGUGUGGACGUGCGUGACCUGGCGGGGGUGAGGGAUGGCCCUGCCAGGGGCGUCUGGGCUCACAUCCACUCCCCUGGGGACUGGAGGGCUCCCUCUCCACAGGACAAGGAGACAUCUCGGCACAGUGUCUUCGUCAGGACAGAUGCUUUGGGGGACGUGUGCUUGUCGGCGUUUGUUUUCAGCGACGGAGAUAAACUGAGUGUUACUUUUCUGAAGAUCCAGUGGGAGGAAGGCCAGGGUGGCAGAGUCGGUUCUGUGGGAUACAGUGUGCGCUGGGUCACCAAGACGUACCCGCUGACCAGCCUCAGCCCGCCCUGCCGGCCGGUGAAGUCCAGGGGGGCGCUGGUGUCAGCCUUCUCCCCCGAUGGUCAGCUGUUAUCCAUAGUCCUGAACCAGAGAGACCCAAGGGCUACGCAGGUGCUCUUCGUCAGCACGCAGAACUUCGUGAGCGUGUCCAGAGGACUGGGGGGCUGCGGCAGCAAGAAACUAGCCAUCCCCUCGAAAUACGUGAGGUCGUACUGGGUGGGCAGCGUGAGCUGGUCUGCAGGGGGUCUCCUGCUGGCCUGCGUGCUGAAGAGAGGCUCCCUCCUCAUGGUGGGCCGCCUGGGCGGCCUGCUCUCCCUGUCCACCUCCGGGUGCAACGUGGACUUCAGCCCCGCACAUUUCCUACCCUUGCACCCACUGGUCACCUACAAACCUCCGGUCUCCGUGGGGACGAAGGACGCCUCUCUGUCCAGCUCCAGCAUGUCGGCCCGGGACCUCCUGAGACAGCGGUUCUCUGUGACGUGGCACCCCCGCCUGCUCUACCUCAUCGUGUCGGACGGGUACAUGGCUACGGUCCUGAGGACCGCAGAGAAGCCCUCGUCUGCGUCCCUGCUCAGGGCAGCGCUGCAAGACACCAGCCGCAGCCUGGAGAGAGCCAGCACCGCCCUGGAGCACACUCAGCCUCAUGCCAGAUCCUGGUUGGAGUCUGUAUCCUGUCUGAAGCAGAGCAGCAGCUUGGAGGAAGUGAGACCCAGGACCUUAUCAGUGUCUCCUGCCCCCGCCACAGCCCCGGCCCCAGAUACAUCCACCUCUACCCUGCCUCUCUUCCUGCAGGACCAGGGCACCCUGGGAGACACCAGGGAGAUGCUCCAGAGAGUCCAGGCCAUGUUUGAGGAUGACUCGGAUAACGAGGGCCUUCCUGCUGGCUCCCACGGACAGGAUGGAGGUCGUCUGGAGUUUGCCUCCAUGUUUGACACCCUCCACGCCCUCUCAGACACCCUGGUGGACCCCCACCCAGACCCAGACUCUGACUCUGCGGACUCUGACAGGAAAGCUCCCCCGGUCAUCUCAGAGCUCCGCAGGGCCCAGGACAGCCUGCUGACGGCCUGGGCUCUGGGGCUGUCUCUAGGGGGCGCCCUGGAGGGCAGAGAGCGCCUCCUGAGGUACGCCGUCCGGUGCGCCGUCCGCUUUGCUGCGCUCCUCCGUCUGACCACCCACCCCGGCACGUACGCCAGGAAGAAGAAGAAGAAGAAGAAGAGGGAGAAGGAGACUCGUUCGUUCUCCUCUCUCCUCCUCCGUCUCCUCAGAACUCUCGUCUCCUUCCUCCCCUGGGACGGCCUUGGCGCCGGCGGGCGCAGCUGCCUGGGAUUGGUUGUGGAGCUCAGCCAACAGCUGGUCAGCCUGCUGCUCUCCCUGCCCCCUGGCCCGUGUCUGAUUGGCCGGGCGGAUGGUGGACCCACCUCUCAGAGCCUAUCCACAGCCAUACUUAUGCUCCAGCUGGUUUCGCGCAGUCUGGACCACACCUACAGCCUGCAGCAGGAAACACCCUGGGGGUCCUCCCACCUCCAGGGGGUGCCGGGCCAGCCCCCCUGGCCCACGGACGCCUACCGUGUGCCUUUGUUGCAGGAGGAGGAACUAGGGAUGCCCAAGCAUAUACAAGAAGCGCUCCCUAUACCGCAGAGACCCUCCAGCAGGUUGGUGGAGGUGUGGCAGUCAGUCUACAAGCUGACCCUGCAGUACUGGGAGGAGCUGAGGGGCGAGGGGCAGGGGGAGGAGCUUGAUCGCGUGUCUGUCCUCCUGUCCCGCCUCCAGGCCUCUCUCCAGGGGCUGGGGGAGGAGCUGGGGGCCGGCCCCGCCCUCUCGACCCACACAGGUGAACGUCACUUCCUGUUUGGGUCGUACAGAGAGAGCGUGGAUGCAUGGAGGGCUGAGCUGGAGGCGGUGAGAGAGAGAGGAGGUGGGCGGGCCGCCUUCGUGGAGACCCGGCUGUGUCUGGCUCUGCUGUACGGCCUGCUGUUCCGGUACCGCCUGAGAGAGGCCCAGGCCCUGGGGGACCACAUGGCUGCUGUGCUGCAGGCCCAGACGGAAGCUCCCCGGCAGGGCCGGACCCACAGAGAGGCCGCCUGUGCCGUGGUUCAGAGUCUGGGCAGGUUCAUGGCCUCCUACUUCACCAACCAGCCCCUCCUGAUCCUGCCCCCCCACAGCGUGGACGUCCUGCCCCCCCUCCACCUGCCCCACGGCCCUGGCGUGGGCCGCUUGGUGCCCCUGUGCCAGGAGCGCGUGGCGGGGGCGGUUCGGGGACAGCAGCUGUCAGAGGUGUGGACGGUGGGCUACGGCCAGGACCUGCUCCUCCAGGGGGGGCUGUUGCCUGAGGUGGUCUGGCUGGCGCACCGGCUGGGGGACUGGAAGGCCGCUGUCUCCGUGGGUCUGGCCUACACCACCUACUGCAAGGAGCACAGCGACUUCACCAGACUCAGGUGGAGAGAACUACAUCUCCCAGCUGCCCUUGAGCCUGAGAGCAUAUUUCAGGAUCAGUUGGAAGCUCUGCUGGGCCGGAAGGCUGGGGCAGAGGAGUCCCAUGGAGACCAGGACACACACAGCAGCUUCACAGACUCUCUGGAAGGGGAGGACAUGGAGCAGCUGCAGGCGUCUGUGCAGGAGAUCUUGAAGGCUUCCGUCAUGGCGGGGGUAGACGUCCUGUCCCGGCCCCUGGUUGCCCUCCUGGAGGCAGCCAGAGACCUGGCCUCCUGCCUGCCUGCCCUGGUGCCCUCAGGGCUCUACCUGCCCGCCCCUCCCCUCUACUGCCCCCAGCCCACUGCCAACACACAGGACCCGUCGGGGACGCAGGGGGAGCGGGCGGAGGAGUGUUCCCGUCACGGCGUGUCCGGGGCUCUCCAGCGGGCGCUGCUGCUCCUGAGGGGCGCACGCUGCACCCGUCCUGCUGCCCAGUGGUACGUCAGCCACCUGCGGCGCUCACGCCACCUCCUGCACAAGGUCCGGCUGAAAUACUCCCAGCAUCAUCCUGGUCGACCUCGUCCUCCUCAGCCCGAGGCCCAGGCAGAGUCCUUACCCGAGGGCCUGCUGAAGCUGGUGACCCAGGGGGGAUUCUUCAAGCAGGGUCCUGGAGGAGACCGAGUCCUGGAUCCUGUCACCAUACAGACUAUCAUAUGUUUCAGAGAGCUGUGCGGUCUGUGCUGGAUGCUGCAUGUCAGAGACCAGCUCUCGCUCACAUGCAGGAAGUACCAGGCCGCUAGGAACUGUGGGAAAGACCCCAAGGUCCCUCAGGCACCUGCUGACUCUGGGGUGACAGCUUCCUGUGUGGAGGCUGACUCUGGGGUGACAGCUUCCUGUGUGGAGGCUGACUCAGGGGUGACAGCUUCCUGUUUGGAGGCCCUGCGCUGGGCCCGCCGCUUCCUGCCCUUCUCCCGCUUCCUGAACGCUGAGGAGAUCCUCCAGGACACCCUCCUCAGCCUGGUGUCUGAGCUGCCCCCUUCUGCCCUGGUGGCGGACACCUUGGCGGGGGCCUUCCCUGACGAGGAGGAGUCAGUCAGGGUUCCACUGAGGGAGAAGUACAGCUGUCUGCUGCAGAGGCUGAGGCACUGCACUGUCCCAGCCUCGCAGCUGAGCGGUGAGGAGGAGGAGGAAGAGGAGGGGGGGGAGAUGAUGACCAUCCUGAUCCGGGACAAGCUCCGACAGAGGAGGAAGCACCAGCGGCGCCUGGCCCGUCACCUGGCUCCCCCAGAGCUCCACCUGUGGGAGAGGGAGGAGGCGGAGGAGGAGCGGGGCCGCUCGGCCGUCCUGCUGGAGAGGUUCUCCCUGGGGGCCAGUCUCAGCACCAGCACCCUGACCGACUGUGGGCGCCCCCUGGUGUACAGCGAUGGAGACACGGGGGAGAACACCUCCGAGGCCCUCUCUCCAGACCUGCAGAGGGCGGCUCGCAGUAAGAAGGUGAAGGUCCAGGCCAAAGCUGUGGUGGCUAAACGAGGCGUUAGGAAGGCUGAGAUCAUCCAAGAGGAGACCCAGAGUGGAGCCGUGCCAGGGCAGGACCCAGCAGCCCAUGCCCAGUCCCGGGCCCCCUCUCUGGGCCUGCCCGUGGUCGGCACCUGGGAGUUUGAGCUGGAGGACGAGGAGUACCUGCGUUUCCUGGAGCUGUUCCUCUUCUACGUGCUGGAGAGGGACGGCCCCGGGGGCGGGGCGUCGGACAGGGACCCCCCCUUGCUCCGGGGCUUCUGCUCGGAGCUGAGGAAGACCGAGCUCCACUCGCUCACCUUCGACGUGCUGACCACGCUCCACCGCCACCGCCGCCAGCGAGACGGGCGCCGCGCCCCCGGGAGGGCCGAGGGAGCCGCCGGCCCCGUGUUCCGAGCGGGCAACUGCUACGCGGCUCCUCCCGACUCCGCCCAGCCUCCUCCCUCGUCUCUCCGCGUUGACCCCUCCGUCUCCAGAUCCAGCCUCUCUGCCCUGCCUCUCCCCGGGCUGAAGCCGGGCAAGCAGCUGGGUUUGUUUGGCCUCAGACAAGAGGGCAGCCCAGCCCCGGAGCCCGCCACCCAGGGAGGCCGCUCGGGCUCCGAGCCGUGCCCCAGUCCGAGCUCUCUUCCCUGGGAGCAACCAUCCGAGAGCUGGGCGUCUGGAUCCCUGGUCCCCAUGGAGGCUGUGGAGCUCCAGCAGGAGAUGGACCCCAAACUGGAAGCCCAGUUCCCCAGGCUGGGGAGGUUGCUGGAGUGGAUGGUACGCUGGGCCGACAAGAGGGUCCUGCUCCGCCCGCCCGACAGGAAGAGGGAGAGGGGGGUGGUGGGGGGCGGGGGGGUGGUGAUCCGGGUCAAAGCCUCGGCCCCUGCCGUCCUCACCGCCCUCAGCAUGCUCCAGCUCAGAUACGCCGUCGCCCUGCUGGCCGCGGACCACCACUACGCCCCCGCCCAGGGCCAGGAGAGACUGUGGACUGUUGCCCCAGUUCUGGAGCCUGAGGUGGGGGUGACGGUGGAGAGGGAGAGGGAGAGCAGUGUGGAUACUGGCUACCCUGCCUCAGCCGGCACCCCCCUCACCCUACCUGACCAGGAGCCCCGACAUGAAGACCUCUCCUAUGGGUCCCAGACCGAGGGGGAGGAGCCAGCACCGUACCGGGACACCUCACCACGCUAUGACCAGGAGGCGAUGACCUUUGAACUCGAGGAGAGAGGAGCGACCUUGCGACAACCCUCACCAGAUGACCUUACCUCUGAACGCGAAAAUGGCAGUCCUGGGGAGGAUGACGUCAGAGCGUCGCCCUCCGUCUCCCCUCCAAGUGCCCAGCCGAACAGCCCCCCCUCCUCCCUGCUCAGCACCCAGGACAGGGUUAUGACGCUAGCAGACCUGCAGAGCGCCCGUAGAGAAGAAGCCAGCUCCAGCUUCCAAGAUGAGGAGGUGGACAAUCAGUCGAGCCUCGAUAAUCUGGGGAUAGCGCCUUCUGAUACUGAUGGAGAGACGUCAGCCAAGAGUGGCCACAGUGAAGCUCCAGGACCAGGCUCCCCGCCCCAGCCCGACCUACACCCCCUCCCCAUGACAGGGUCUCCGGCUGGGGCUCACACAGCCAGCUCUGCCCCUGGAGCUCCAGGCCUCCAGGGCACCUCCACCUCUUCUCCCCUGCCUGCCCCCAGCCAGACUCCCCUCACCCAGGCAGACCCUGUCAGACAGCUGCUACAGGAUGAGCUCUUUAAGCUGGUGCAGUUGCAGCAGGUCAACUUCAUGAGUCUGAUGCAGGUGGUGGGGGCCUCCUUCAACAGCCUCCCUCACCUUCAGCAGAUCAGCCUCCAGGCCCAGCCCAGCCUCCACCCCCCCCAGCCCAGCCUCCAGGCCCAGCCCAGCCUCCACCCCCCCCAGGCCAACAUCCCUCAACCUCAAACUUCUGUUCCACUGACUGUUUCUUAUCAGACCUCCACACCCAACCCCCAAGACCACCCAGGACCCCAGGGCUCCAGGCAGCCUCGUCCAGCCCCCUCCAGCCCCACACAUAGGGGGGAAACCCCCUCUGAUCGCCCCCCUGUCCGCAGCCACCUCCAGCCCUCCAUGGAACCCCCUGUACCAAUCUCCCACCUGUUGUCUGUCCAUCCUGGUCCAGCAGGAGGCUUCCAAGGGGAGGGAGCGGGGUGGAUCCCCUCCUCCCAGGGGCUACUGACCACCGUGGACCCCCUGCCUAGGCCCGCCUCCAGCGCUUCCUUCUUACCCCCCCACGGGGGUCGCAAACAUGACAACCCCGCCCCCGCCUCCGUUGUGUCAGGACUGAAGCUGCUUCAGCUCCACCCCUCCCUGCUGUCCCUGCCGCCGCCCCCCCCCGGAGCCCCCGUAAGGGAGGCCUGGGGGCCACAUCCUGGGGGGAGAGGCCAAGCGGGGCCCUCCCACCUCAACCUCAGCCUGUACGACCCCGUGACCCUGAGAAGGUCUCAGGAGGAGGAGAGGAGGGGGUGGAGAGGCGGAGGGGAGGAGAGAGAUGCCACAGCUCCACCUAAACACCUGAAUCUGGACCAGUACUCCCACCAGACCCCCCUCCACCCUCCACCCAGAGGCACCCAGCCCCCAGAGCACCACACGCAGGCCUCCAGGGGGGCCGAGCCCGCCCACAGACUUCCGACACUCCCGCCCCACAGGCCCCACUCUAUCCACGGCCUCCCCUUGCUACACUUCCCCAACCCUGGCACACACACCUCCAUCAGCCUCCCUCACUUACCCCUCCCACUCUGCUCCACAUCCCUGGCCCCCCCACCCCCCUCGGGCCCCCCCACCAGGCUCCAGCUGCUCCACAGAGACCCAGACCCCCCCAGCAUGAUGGCUCCCCCAGCCGGCCGCCAGGCCAGCGUGGCCAGGCUCAUCCCCCUGGAGGAGCUGAUGAGCUGGGCCCUGGGCAGGGAAGCGCCUGGAGGGUCCAGGAUGCAGCUGCUCAGGGUGGACCCCCAGACUCGGGGCCCCGCCCCGGCUCGCACGCCCUCCUCCACCUCCAGCAAGAGGCAGGUGAGGAGAGAGCAGAGACGGAGGGAGGGCCAGGGGUCAAAGGUCAGCUUCAGACCCGGAAACUCCAUCAUCCCACCUCCACAGCCCACUGAGGAAGAACCUGCGGAGUCUGCUGGUGGGGAGGGCUUGGUCUUCCCAUUAGGGACGUUUGCCUCUGAGCUGAGCGGUCAGGGCCUGGUGGCCAGGGCCUUGUCCACCACGGCAGAGCUCCACGCCUUCGCCUCCACCCACAAGAGGCCCCCGGACAGCCAGGACGCCUGUACCAACACAGAGACAGGCUCUCCUCCUUCCCUGGCUGAUAAAGCUGUUUCUCCUGGCUCCCCAGCAGUUGUUCCUGAAACAGUGGGCUCCGCUGCGGUUCUCCCUCCUGAGUUGUUCCUGAACCUGCGGUUCCCCAGAGAACCUGCAGACCAGGCUGCUGUGACGCCCUCGCAGUUCAUCAACGUGAUCGAUCUGGAAGAUUCUGCCCUCCUCCAGGAGCUACCCUCUCGCCCCCAGCCCUCCCCUCCCACCUCCGCAGAGCUCCACCUCCUCGCUGCCUCCGUCACUAACUCCGCCCGGCCACAGAUGCCCACUGCCAGCACCAGCAGUCAAGACAAGGUGCCCCAAGGUUCACCAGAUGUCUCAAUGUCCUCUCCUCCAGGGACCCCCUCCGAGCCUGGGGGAGACCCCGAGAUGGUCACCCUGCCUCAGGGGAGGAGAGGCCGAGGUGGGGCCCUGGAGGCCUGGAAGCCCUCUGGGAUCCAGGUCUCUGCCCACCUGUCAGAGAUGGACGCCCAGCUGUCUGCCCUGCAGGACAUCGCUGAACACAUGGAGAGGGAGUUCUCCAACACCAGGCUGCUGGUGAAGACCAUCGAGACCCUGGCUCCAGGCAUGGCUCCAGAUGAGGAGAGGACACACAUGAACAAGACUGUCACUCUGGCCGUGUCACCUGAAGCGUGGAGACCUCGGCCUUCCCUGCCCCUCGUCACUCGACCGUCAGGUUACCAUGAAGAGGAGGAGGAGGAGGAGGAGGAAGGUCGAGAUACUGAGAUAGUCAGUUCAGCUCCGGGCGGUCCGAAUCUGCACCUCUCUCUUUCUUCUCCCUCCGCUGCAGUCCGGAACACCUCCAGCCACCACAUCCCCACAGAUUCAACGUUCAACAUGGCUGGAUCAUCCACAAGGUGGCCUGACCUCAGUGGGCUGAGCGAUGUGGCAGACAUCUUGGGAGAGCUGGUGAGGGACGGAGCCAUGUCCCCCUCGGCCCUGGGCCUGUCCUACAGCCAGGCUGCCCACCUGGGGAGGAGGGCGGGGCAGCAGGGCGCGCGGGCGGAGGAGGAGAGGCGGGAGCUGAGGAUGUGGAUGAGGAGGAAGCAGAGGGAGAGGACGGUCGAGUACCACAGACAGAGGGAGGAGAAGAGAGAGAGGGAGCGCAAGCCUUUCAAACCCUCCGUCGCUUCAAAGCCAACUUCCAAGGUCUUGGACAUCAAUAGGAAAAACAAGGAGGAGAAGGACAAGAUUCUACUGAUGGAGCACCACAACCAGAGAGCCCAGGAAGCCUGCUCCCUGAUCACAGACCUCCUCACAACCCCUCUGAGCCUGCCCGUGGCCUCCGCACGACCUCUGGCCUCCCCACAACCUCUCCCCUCUCAGGUCACAAGCAGCACGCGAAGAGGUCCUAGGGGGCGGAGCUUGUCUGUUGCGUUGGAGAAGAGGAGGAGCGCCUCGGCCCUGCUGGGACGGACCCGCUCCCUGUCCUCCACCCGGCCGGCCCCGCAUGUCCAGGGGUCGUCUGGGGGUCAGGGGACCCUGAGCAGCAGACUAGGCCUCCACCGCCCAGCGAGCGUCUUGCCGAGGGACCGGCUGUCCCAGGUGACCCGGCGGGGCAUGCUGUCUGAACAGAGGAGCAGGACGGGGAUCCACUCCACCCCCCACGGGGAAACACUCACCACUGGACAUGAGCGGUGGAGAGAGCUGAGCCAGUCCCCUCCUGGACGGAGAGGGGGAGGAGGGGCGAGGGAGAGGAGGGAGCAGGCGGAGGAGAGGGAGGUGGUGAGCCCGUGGGACCCCCCCCCAGAGAUACGCAGACUCCUGGGUCUGGAAGGCUCAGACCCGGGACAGAGUGUGGCAGGAGUGUCAGAGGACCGUGUGGCAGGAGCCAGAGGAGGAGCAGCUGGGCUGGAGACCCUGUCUGACAGCACCGGCAGCAUCCUCAGCAAGCUGGACUGGGCCGCCAUCGAGAGGAUCGUGGCUGGAGAGGGCUAGUCUGGGAGGGGGUCGGCUUGGAGCGGCACCAACGAGGAAGAGAGAGUGCAGAGCAAGAUGGAGGAGGCCACCAUAGCUUCUGUCACAGAGAUGGACUCUUGCUAAUAGGCCUGUGUGGUUGUGUUACUUCAUUAAUUCACCAGACUUUUUGAAUAGUCAGUUUGUGUGUGCUUCAGUCCGUGUGACAGAUUUUGUUAUUUAUUAUGUACAGGAAUACAAUAAUUAUCCUUUGCUCACUUCUCAAGAAAAAGUUUAUAAAGUUUGAAUUU